AUGUCCGACUCCUCCAACUCCACUGCUGCAGCCGCAGCAGCCGCCGCGGCGGCGGCGACGGCGGCCUUCCCUCACAUCCCCGUCGGCGACACUCUCGGCGCGUGGCUCAUCGGCGUGUGCAUCAGCUACCUGCUGCAGGGCAUGCUGUUCCAUCAGGCGUUCAAGUACUACAUGACCUUCCACAAGGACAGGUGGGUCCUUAAAGCAUGGGUUGCGGUGGUUUUGGUGCUUGAGACGUUGGCCACGGUGUUGAUCACACAUACUGCAUACUUCUAUAUGGUGACCAAAUACUGGGAGCCAACGUACUUCUUCGUCUCCCCGACGGUUUGGUCUCUCAAUGUCCUCCUCCACCUGCCGUACGCCCUCGCGGCCUUCAUCUCCCAGAGUUUCUUCGCUCGCCGGUUAUGGCUAAUUGCACCCAAAUUCCGGAUUCUUGUCGCCGUCGCAAUGGUCCUGAUAGCAGGCAACGUCGCGUGCUUCUCCGUGCUGGCGGCGACGAUGUUCAGGUCGGCGACACUCUCGGAGUGGCUCCAAUACUCGUGGCUCGCAACACUAGGGUCCUCGAUCCAAGUGACCGGGGAUCUGUCGAUCAGCGCCGCGUUGGUGUAUACCCUGCACACAAGCAGGACAGGGAUCACUCGGACGGACUCGAUCGUGGAUACACUGAUCACAUACUCGGUCUCGACUGGUGUCGUAACCUGCAUCGUCCACAUCGUCAACGUCACCUAUUCCGCCAAGGAGCCGGAUAACUUCAUCUACGCCGCGCUCUCCAUCAUCCCACGAAGCGUGCUGUACGCCAACGCGUUCCUCGUCGCGCUCAACUCCCGCGCGUCGCUGGGCAUCCUCGGCCAGUCGAACAACCAGUCCAACUCCGUCAACGUCUCGCACGUGCUCCGCGCGCGCGGCGCGACCAACCUCCCCACCGCGGUACGUGUUGUCGCGAAUCCUUCUCUGUGCCACACGCUGACCUGCCCCUCUUCUCGCUCUUCCCGCGCCUCCCUCUCCCGUUCACCCCCACGCGCUCACACGACCGGACGGACGGACGGACGGACGAACGAGCAGCUCAGCAACACCGCGGCGAGCAACCCGACCGCGAUCGAGCUCAAGGUCACGACGGUGACCGAGACCGACGACUUCUACGACGGCGCGUACGCCGUGUCCGAGCCCGGGCCGCUCGAGGCGCAGCAGCAGCAGCAGCCGCAGCGGUCGUUCCUCGGGCCGAAGCGACACCCGUACGCCGCGGAGGUCAUGACGCCGUGA